CGCGGCGGCGCCGGGGGAGCGGUGCGGGGAUGGGGCCCCGAGCCGGGCGACGGCGGGGGCCUCGGCCAUGUUCGCGGGGCUGCAGGACCUGGGCGUGGCCAACGGCGAGGACCUAAAGGAGACCCUGACCAACUGCACCGAGCCGCUCAAGGCCAUCGAGCAGUUCCAGACCGAGAAUGGCGUGCUGCUGCCCUCCCUGCAGUCGGCCCUUCCUUUCUUGGACCUGCACGGGACGCCGCGGCUGGAGUUCCACCAGUCGGUGUUUGAUGAGCUGCGGGACAAGCUGCUGGAGCGAGUGUCAGCCAUCGCUUCGGAGGGGAAGGCCGAGGAAAGGUACAAGAAGCUGGAAGAUCUUCUAGAGAAGAGCUUUUCUCUGGUCAAGAUGCCAUCUCUGCAGCCAGUGGUGAUGUGUGUCAUGAAGCAUCUGCCCAAGGUUCCUGAGAAGAAGCUGAAGCUGGUGAUGGCUGACAAGGAACUGUACCGAGCCUGUGCUGUGGAGGUGAAGCGGCAGAUCUGGCAGGACAACCAGGCACUCUUUGGGGAUGAAGUCUCCCCACUGCUGAAACAGUAUAUCCUGGAGAAGGAGAGUGCACUCUUCAGCACAGAGCUGUCUGUCCUGCACAACUUCUUUAGUCCUUCCCCCAAGACCAGACGCCAGGGCGAGGUGGUGCAGAAGCUGACGCAGAUGGUGGGGAAGAACGUGAAGCUGUACGACAUGGUGCUCCAGUUCCUGCGCACGCUCUUCCUGCGAACCAGGAACGUGCACUACUGCACACUGCGGGCCGAGCUGCUCAUGUCCCUGCAUGAUCUGGAUGUGGGUGAUAUCUGCACAGUGGACCCCUGUCACAAGUUCACCUGGUGUCUGGAUGCCUGUAUCCGAGAGCGGUUUGUAGACAGCAAGAGAGCCCGGGAGCUGCAGGGGUUUCUUGAUGGAGUGAAGAAAGGGCAGGAGCAAGUCCUGGGGGACCUGUCCAUGAUCCUCUGCGACCCCUUUGCCAUCAACACGCUGUCUCUGAGCACCAUCAGGCACCUGCAGGAGCUUGUCAGCCAGGAGACGCUGCCCAGGGACAGCCCUGACCUCCUGCUGCUGCUUAGGCUGCUGGCCCUGGGCCAGGGGGCCUGGGACCUGAUUGACAGCCAGGUCUUCAAGGAGCCCAAGAUGGAGGCGGAGCUCAUCACCAGGUUCUUGCCCAUGCUCAUGUCCUUUGUGGUGGACGACCACACUUUCAACGUGGACCAGAAGCUUCCGGCUGAGGAGAAGGCCCCGGUCGUGUACCCCAGCACGCUUCCCGAGAGCUUCACCAAGUUUCUGCAGGAGCAGCGCAUGGCCUGUGAGGUGGGGCUGUACUACGUCCUGCACAUCACCAAGCAGCGGAACAAGAACGCGCUCCUGCGCCUGCUGCCGGGGCUGGUGGAAACCUUCGGCGACCUGGCCUUCAGCGAUAUCUUCCUCCACCUGCUUACUGGGAGCCUGGCGCUGCUGGCUGACGAGUUUGCCCUGGAGGAUUUCUGCAGCAGCCUCUUCGAUGGCUUCUUCCUCACAGCCUCACCUAGGAAGGAGAAUGUGCAUCGGCAUGUACUGCGGCUUCUCCUCCACCUGCACCCCAGGGUAGCCCCCUCCAAGCUGGAGGCUCUGCAGAAGGCCCUGGAGCCCACGGGCCAGAGUGGAGAGGCUGUGAAGGAGCUCUACUCGCAGUUGGGUGAGAAGCUGGAGCAGCUGGACCAUCGGAAGCCCAGCCCAGCCCAGUCUGCAGAGCCACCCGCCCUGGAGCUGCCUCUCCCCAGCGUGCCUGCUCCAGCUGGACUCUGAGGCUCUGCACCCAAAGGGCUGCUCAGGAGUGGGCCCCUCCUGGGACAGUCAUCGGGAGAGGCUCUCCUGGCCUUGGGAGGGAGCUGCAGGGCCUGUGCAGUAGGGCACCCUUCCUCCCUCUUUGUUGCCUAGAGCUGGUCCUGCGAGGCACCUGCUCUUGCCCUGGGGCCUGACAGUUUCCUGGAGCUUCAUAGUGCCAGCCUUUUGGUGUUGGCAAUUCUCAGCCCGAGCACCUGGCCUGACAUGAGUGUGGUGAGCCUGAGGGGAGGGAGUGCACAUGGUUUUGGCCAAAGCAGGUGUGCUAGGUCCAGAUGUCUGUAGGGUCACUCAGGAUGGCAGCGGGCCAGCGGCCUGAGCCGCUGGUGCACCGGUACCAGGGUGCCCAUCCGACUGACGGAGGCCCUGCAGGCAGUGCCCCUCCCUCCCACGUGUACUGCCUCAGUUUACCCUUGGAGAAGAUUGCUUCUUGCCCAGCUGCACUGACUGACCCUCAUGUGGGGAAAUUGGGUGCACAUUGAGGUUUCCACUUAUGUAAAUAAAAGACAUUUUGGUAAAUCUGCA